CUACCUGUAACCGGGACAUGUGUAAGAGCCAAUUCGGUCAGUCGCCAAAUUCUCAGAAAAGAAAAGAGAUAACAAGGAAACCAUUUUUAAGGAUACUCUAAUUUCGAAUCAAACCAAAUCAAUUACAGAGAUUGUAAAUGGAGAGAGGUUUGGCAUUUGUAGCAGCAGGAAAAUCAACAAGCCCUCUAUGCUUCUCCAAUCACAGUUUUAUCCACAAGCAGUUUCUGUUACCUAGCAGCACUACCACAGAUGGUAAAGCUGCCAUUAUCAGUAAAAGAAGGGAAUCCAUAUCUGUUAAAGCCUUGAAUACAUCUAUAAGACGAGCGACCUUAUCGAGUAACUGGGACGUUACAAAUUUAUCUUCUUUUGCUUCCUCAGCUCCAACGCUGCCAAGAUUUGAGGAGCUGGAUACCACCAAUAUGCUCCUUCGUCAACGAAUUAUCUUCUUGGGUUCUCAGGUUGAUGAUAUGACAGCCGAUUUUAUCAUAAGCCAGCUCUUAUUUCUGGAUGCUGAAGACCCAACAAAAGACAUCAAAUUGUUUAUUAAUUCACCUGGUGGUUCUGUCACUGCUGGAUUGGGAAUAUAUGAUGCAAUGAAGUUGUGCAAGGCUGAUGUUUCAACUAUUUGCCUGGGUCUUGCCGCAUCUAUGGGAGCGUUUCUUCUUGCUGCUGGUACCAAAGGCAAGAGGUUCUGCAUGCCAAAUGGGAGAGUGAUGAUACAUCAGCCACUUGGAACUGCUGGAGGUAAAGCAACAGAAAUGAGUAUACGAAUAAGGGAAAUGAAUUACCACAAGAUUAAGCUUAACAAGAUAAUGUCAAGAGCUACUGGGAAGCCAGUGGAGCAGAUUGAGGUUGACACUGAUCGUGAUAAUUUCAUGGACGCUUGGCAAGCUAAAGAAUAUGGGUUAGUAGAUGCAGUUAUCGAUGAUGGAAAACCAGGACUGGUUGCACCUCUUGCAGAUGCUUCACCUCCACCAAAGACCCGGGUGUGGGAGUUUUGGAAAGUUGAAGGGAGCAAGAAAGCUAGGAAGAAUUUGCCAUCGGAGCAUAAAAUUUUGGAGAAUGGAUAUUUAAGGGUUCAAGGAGAUGAUGAGGAUAGAGGAACAAAUCCAGAAAAAGAAGAACCUGCUUCUGGAUAAGUUUCAGCAGGUUUUCUGUAUUUUACCUCUCAAAGCAGUUACCUAAAAUCUUGAAUUAGUUUAAGUUACUGACUAUAAAUUUUGAGAAAUGGUAGGAACAUGAUUUUUAUAAAUUAAAUACGUUUAUAAGGAUGCUCAAAUUUCCGUCGGAGUA